ACACAAAAUAAAUAAAUAAAUUGAUAUUUCCCUUUUACUCAUUUGAUCUCCGGCUUAGAUCUACCUGAUUAUUCAGCAUUACUUCCAAGUUUGAAACUUUUGCGACCAUCAGGCAAUUUUUGUUUCUCUGCAUGACUUUCAAUGGAGCAAAUGGAUGAUGUAAAAGAAUCAUCAAAUGAUGUCAGUGAAGUAGAAGUCACUAAUGCUUCACUUAUUCCUGGCCUUCCAGAUGAUAUUUCUCUUAUGUGCUUGGCAAGAAUUCAUAGAAAAUAUCAUUCAGUCCUGAAGUGUGUCUCAAAAAGAUGGAGGGACUUAGUUUGCGGGCAAGAGUGGCACUGUUAUCGCCAAAAGCAUAAACUUGAUGAGACCUGGAUCUAUGCUUUGUGCAGGGACAAAUUUGAUCAAAUUUGUUGUUAUGUUUUGGAUCCUACCUCAUCAAGAAGAUGUUGGAAGCCCGUUCAUGGGCUUCCACCUCACAUCAUGAAAAGAAAAGGCAUGGGUUUUGAAGCUUUGGGAAAUAAGCUAUUCUUAUUGGGUGGCUGUAGCUGGUUAGAAGAUGCUACUGAUGAGGUCUAUUCAUAUGAUGCUUCCAUGAACACUUGGGUUGAAGCUGCUUCCAUGUCAACUGCUAGGUGCUACUUUGCUUGCGAAGUUUUGGAUGAAAAACUAUAUGCUAUUGGUGGGAUAGUUUCUAAUUCAAGUGAUCCUCAUUCCUGGGAUACUUACGACCCUCAGACAAAUUGUUGGAAAUCUCAUAGAGAUCCUAAUAUUGUUUCUGACAUUGAAGAUUCAGUAGUAGUCGAUGGCAAGAUAUACAUCCGAUGUGGCAAAUCUCCUGUCACUCCUCCUGUAUAUGCUGUUUAUGAACCAUCAAGUGGCACAUGGAAGCAUGUAGAUACUGACUUGGUGUUAGAAUGGAGAGGUCCUGCAGUUGUUGUUCAUGAGAACCUUUUUCAUUUGGAUCAGAGUAUGGGAGCUAAGUUGAUGAUGUGGCAUAAAGAUAGAUGUGAAUGGAUACCCAUUGGAAAGCUAUCACCAUUGCUUACAAGACCACCUUGCCAUCUUGUUGCAGUUGGUACAAGAAUUUUUGUUAUUGGGAAAGGGCUUAGCACUGUGGUUAUUGAUGUUGGUGAUUUGGGAAAUCUGGGAGGGAUGAUUAUAGGUUCUUCUAUACCCGGAUUAUUAUAUGAUUUCAGUGUAAUUAGUUGUAAAUGCUUGUCGAUCUGAAGUACAAAUUGGUUUUUAUUUGUGUUCUUGUGUACACUGUCUAGAUGCAUGUAUCAAU